GUUCACCUGGAGACAGAGCUUGAAGAGGACCCCCAGGCUAAGGCCAUAGACAUCACCAAGUUGCCCGAACAGAGCACUGACAUUUCUGUUGAGGCCACCUCAGAUACUAAGCCGUUAACCACUGGCACCUCGAAGGGUUCAUCUCAUUCUGUUUCACCAAAGCCCAGGCAGAGACUGCUUGGAUUGUUUAGAAGAGAGAAAGAUAAACCUGCUGAAAUACAGAGUGCACAGAAAGAAGAUGUGAAGAUGUCCAAGCUGAAAGAACCAGGCAACACCCAGAAUCUCAACCAAGGCGCUGCACAUGCGGCCGUGGGCAGACCUGCCAGUGUCAAACCAGAAGCCAAACCCUCUGAGAUGACAGAGGUCAGAACAGUGCAUCUUACAGCCCUGCAGAACACUCCUUUUAAAGAAACAGAGACCCCAGAUAAAACAGACCCUCAACAACAGGCAACAGAAGGCAGAGCUGGUCAGCAACCAAAGAGACUAUCCAAUCUGAAAGCUUUCUGGGAGAGAGAAAACAGUGGUCCCAAAAUAAUAUUUACCAGAGAAGAGGCAAGGCGCCAAGACAUCUCCAAGACAGGAACAGAGGCUUCAUAUGGCCCUCAGACUAACUCUGAUGUAGAGAGCAUACACAACGAUGUCUCACCUCAAAUGGAAAUGACAGUUGAGGAGACUGCUGGCACAUCCCAAGAAAGGAGCUCAUCGCCACAGACUGACUGUAGCCUCUUGGUAGGUUUAUCUAAAGAAGAUGGCACAUAUAGAGCAAAUCCAGUCCUCAUCUGUGAAGAGACAGAUGACUCUUUAACCGGUUCAGUGACAGAUUUGCAGAUUUCUGAGCUGCUGGAAAACGUCACCACUUCUGUACCUUCUUCUGUCGUCUUUGACACCCAAAAGCAAGAGGGGGAUAUUCCAGUUGCCCUUCCCAGGCAGUCCAGUUCCAGUCCUCAAGAGGACUUGCCAGCCAAGAUCAGUGAGCUUAAGCAUUUCUGGGACAAGGAAUAUACAGGACCCAGAGUAAUUUCUGCAAGAGUCAAGGAAGCCUCAAGCAGUGACAAAGUGGGUUCCCCUCAGUGUGAUCUGAGAACUUCCUCAGACGGCAGAGGGAAGUCUAAGGGAGAGGCACAAACAUCUCCAUGCAAAACCAGAUCAGACAGGUCACAGCUGAGGAGUUCUGGUAGCACUGGGGAUGUACAGUCAACAUGGCACCAACACCAGGCCAAGGCUGAUACAGAAGCUCAAGAAAGACCCCUCAGUCCAAGUAAAUCCCACGAUGACGAAGUCAGGAGGAGUCCAUCUAAGACCUGCCACCCAAGGGUCCUUCCUAGAGAAUCCUCCAGCCCUCAGAGAUCCAGACUGGAAGGCUCUCCCUUAAAGACCUUUCCGAUAAACAUCGACCCCCAAACCGAAGAGCACCAAGGGAAGCCUACACCAAAGCCAAGACAGAAGAAGAGUCCCUCUCAUGAAGCAAAGCAGACAGUGCUGACAGACAUUAAACCUAGCACAGACAUCACAUCUCAGAGGGACAGAGGGGCUCGUUUUGGUAAUGUGGAUAGUUCAAGCUGUCCUCCACCACAAUCCAAAAAAGCCUCAGAGAAGAAGUUGGGGACCUUCACACGUCUUGCCAGAUCUUUCAUCCCUCAGGAUUAUCAGCACUACCUCGGGCCUCAGGAGAAGGCCCACGUCCCGUCUUUUCAUCCAGAGAAAGCUGCUGUUGCAGAGAGCGACGCCCUCAGAGACUUUAUGGGGAACCAGAGUGGCGGUCCCACUGAGGGGAAUCCUCCCAGAUUCAGUUCCUGGAUUGUGCAGAAUAAAGAUGGAAACUCCAGCCACGACACAACAACCAGGACCCGGUCUCUGCCUCACACGAGUUCAGGCAGUUGUGAUGACAGAGCUAGUCCCAUCAUGUCAGCUCAGAAACAAUCAUCCUCCAGGAGCAUGUCCUCAUCCAAAAGCCUGGACAACCUCAGCUCACAAACAGGCGAAGAGAGGACCCAGACUAACUCAAGAGAACAAAUGGAUCACAGUGUGGAUAAUGUUUCUGCACUCCCAUCAGCCUUUAGUCUGUCCAGCUCAAAGCAGAUGAAAACCAGCAUGUCAGUGCCUAUUCUUCAGCAGGACGAGACAGACAGUGACAGCACUUUUGAGACCAAGUUGGGCGGCAGGAGAUACACAGGCAGCUCCAUGUCCAACAUAAGUCUCUCCUCAGGAAUGGCCUCCAUGUCAUCUGUCAGCGGCAGCAUGAGCAGCAUUUACCCUGCAGACUUUGGUGACAUUGAAGUCCAGGGCAGCAUCCAGUUUGCUGUGAACUACAUCCAGAAGCUCGGAGAGUUUCACAUCUUUGUGGUGCACUGCAGGGAUCUGGCCACGGCCGACAGCAAGAGGAGCCGCUCCGACCCGUAUGUGAAAUGCUACCUUCUUCCUGACAAAGCAAAGCUGGGAAAGAGAAAAACCACUGUGAAAAAGAAGACUCUAAACCCCACUUACAACGAAAUCCUCAGGUUUAAAAUCAAAAUGGAGGUGUUGAAAACUCAGAGUCUGAACACCUCGGUGUGGCACAAUGACACUUUUGGGCGGAACAGCUUCCUGGGCGAGGUGGACCUGGAUUUGUCGGAGUGGGACUUCAGCAACACGCAGAUAAAUGAAUAUGCACUAAAAGCCACGGUCUCACAAACCUCAACACUGUCUCCCUCACGUCUGACAGACAGCAGAGGACAGAUGAGAGUCGCCCUCAGGUUCCUGCCACAGACGUCCCACGGUAAGACCGCGUCUAGGAUGGAGACUGGUGAGGUGCAGAUUUGGGUGAAAGACUGCAAGAAUCUUCCUCCAGCCAGAGGAGUUAUUAUCGACCCAUUUGUGAAAUGCACCGUGCUUCCUGACACAAGCCGGAAAAGCCGACAGAAGACGCGGGUGGUGAAAAGGACGGCCAACCCCAUGUUCAACCACACCAUGGUGUACGACGGCUUCCGACCGGAGGACCUGAGAGAGGCCUGUGUGGAGAUCACAGUGUGGGAUCACGACCGCCUGAGUAACCACUACAUAGGCGGUCUGAGGCUUGGGCUGGGGACAGGGAAGAGCUACGGGGUGGAAGUGGUUUGGAUGGAUUCUACGACGGAUGAAGCAAAUUUAUGGCAGAGGAUGUUACAGUUUAAUGGAGAAUGGGUGGAGGAUGUUUUGCCUCUGAGAAUGUUGCUGAUAGCAAAGAGCAUGUCUAAGUGAGAUGGUCUAAGAUGUGUUGAUAAAUGUGUGGAAACUUUAUGGGAUGGACCUACAAACUAUACACUGACUGGAAGCAGCAGCUUCAAAGAGCAGCGUGUAUGUAUCUGUAUAACUGAUGAUCACUGUAUGAUAAAUGAAUGCACAGGCUACCACAUGUUAAAUUUAUCAUCUCAAAAGUUCAUUAUUUACACAAAAUGAUGCAAACAAGGGGAAACAAUCUAUGUUAGAAGCAUACAGAUAGUUUUGAUCUGAAGAUAAAUCUGACCUGAGCACUAAUGAUUUGUAUAUAGUCCUCUUGUUCUAUAAUGUGUAAUUCUAUCUUCAAUAAACAGGAUACUAACAUGA